AUGUCAGCAAGCGAAGGUGAAAGUAAGCGUAUAUCAAGACCCCCUCCAAGAAUGACAUACACCGAGUUUGGAAAUCCAAUAGAUGCCCCAACUCCAGUGAGAGUAAGACAACCAAAAGUCAAUUCAAGCCGAAGAAGCUCAUUGUCACGAGCUUCAUCAGUAUACUCAACAAGCAGUAACCAAUCCGUAAUUGCCCUUGAAAAAGAAUACGCUUCAAGAGGCAAACACUCCGAGACAAAGAAAAAGAUUGCUGAAUUACAAAUUAAGAUCAUAGAAGAAGAAGAGAAGGUUGAACAAUGCUCUGAGGACUUUUCAACCCUAAAAGAGAUCUCUCCAGAAGACCUGAGUGUAGAUGAUGCUGAGAAGCUAGUCAAUGUACAAAAAAACCUGCAAGAAAGUAAGAAGACAUUGAGGCACCUUCAGCUAAAACUACAAGGCUUUCAGUCGUUAAGUUUAGUUCAAGAAGAAGAGCUUAAGGAUCUUGAAGAGCUUAAAAAGAAAAAAGCUGAAGCCAUUCGACAAUCAAUUGCCGAAGACCAGUAUUUAGAAUCUGAUGAUGAUGGUGAAGUCGUCGAAACCAAUCCUUCAAAUGAAGUAAACAUACAAACUGAAGUGGAAGAAAUACCACAAGUGAAGUGUCUACCAGAAUCAAAAAAUGUUCCAGUUGACCCAAUCGUUUUGAUGGUUCAAGCGAUUUCACAGGUGUCUGCUACACAAUCCCAUUCUCGUAAAGAAGAGAAACUGCCAAAGUUCAAUGGUUGUUCAGAAGAUUGGCCACUAUUCAAAGCUGAGUUUGAUCGAUCAACUAAAGAGUACAAAGUUGACAAUUCAAUCAACAUUCGAAGAUUAAGAGAAGCUUUGAAAGGAGAUGCCUUGGAGACAGUUUCAUUCCUGCUACCAAACAUCGAUAAUGUAGAAAGCAUCAUGAAGACCCUAGAAGAUAGGUUUGGACAACCAAAGUUUGUGAUUGAAGGGUUAUUAACUAAAGCAAGAGCAGCCCCUUCUCCAUCAGUAACCAAACCUGAAGCAACAAUCAAAUUCGGAGUCGCUGUUCAAGCAUUAGUGGCAAGCAUCACGUCUUAUAAAAGUAGCCAGUAUCUAUAUUCCAUUGAAAUCCUGAGCACUCUGGUCAAGAAGAUGUCGAUAGAAAUGGAAACUGAGUGGUACACCUGGCUUCGACAAGACACCUCAAGAGAAGAGAAUCUGAAAUAUUUUUCACAAUGGAUUUCUAUAAAACAGUCUGUAGCGUAUCUUGUGUCAACUCCCACUACAGCUUCUGAAAAUACAAAUGACAAAGAUAGAAAGAAGAAGCAGACUAAUCUUGGAACAGUAUCAACGAACCCCAAGCCGGAUCGAAAAGAAUACUGUGUGUACUGCAAAAUUGAAAAUCAUCAUGUAAGUGACUGUCGAAAGUUUUCUGCACUACCAAUUAAGGAAAAAGACGAGUUUGUAAAGAAGAAUCGUAUGUGCUUUCGCUGUUUAAAGAAAAAUCACACAGUCAAAAAUUGCAAAUUAAGAAUGACUUGUAAAGUUGAAGGAUGUAGAGGAAGGCAUCAUACAUCCCUACAUGAUAAUUCAAGAUUCGAUGAAGUUCAAGAAAAUGGUGAAGCUAUCCUUCAAGAUCAAUCAAAAUCUCAACCUCCUUCAGCCCCACCAGCUACUCAUAUGCACUACCAUCAGGGAUCAGCAGUUACAGAUACAGACGAUGAAGUUGAAGAAACGUUAUUAUGGUAUGCCCCUGUUCAACUUAAAGGAACUAAUGGAACCACAAUUUCCGUCAUUGCUAUGUUUGAUACGGGAGCUCAAAAGGCUCUCAUUCUGGAAGAAAAUGUGAAGAAACUUAGUAUAGAUGGUAGAUGGCGAGAUCUUUCAAUUGGAUGGUUCAACGGACAAGAUAACACGGACCCAUCAAUGACAACGAGAAUAGAGAUCUCAGGCGACUUUCCAAAUGCAAAGACUUACAUUUUGAAGUGUCAUACAGUCCCAGUAAUGAACUUGCCGUCUCAGACCUAUUCUGCUUCAGAGCUAAAGAAGAAGUAUCCGUACUUACGAAGAGCACCUUUCCCAUCACUGAAGAAUGCAACCCCAUCACUGAUAAUUGGAAAUGAUAAUAUCUCCUUGUUCCUGUCACGAGAUUACAUUGAACAAUCUCCUGAUCUACCAAUUGCUGUGAAAACAAAGUUAGUAUGGACUCUUGCUGGAAAUGGUGAAUUGGUAACUGUAGAAAAACAAGGAAAUUUCUCUAUUUUCACUUGCAAGAAAACUAACAACGAAGAUCUCUCUGAAGUCAUGAGUGACUUCAUUGCAGCCGAAGAUUGUACAACAUUCAAAUCUGCGACACCGAUGUCAAAAGAGGAUGUGGAAACUUUGAAGAUUUUGGAAGAAACAACGAUUAAGAAACAAGGCUGUUGGGAAACAAGCUUACUGUGGAAAAAUGAUGUUCUACCUUUACUUUCGUCUGAAGAAAUGGUAAGAAAUAGACUGUUAACCAUGGAAAGCAAAGCCGAUAAGGAUCCAGCUUUUGCUAAGUUAUACACUACCAAUUUCGAAGAAUAUAUCUCAGCUGGAUUUCUCCAGAAGGUUAAAGUAUACCCUAACGAAAAAGAAGACAAGCGAUGGUACCUACCUCAUUUCUUUGCCUUUCACCCGAGUAAAAAGCCAAGUCUUGUAUUUGAUGCAGCUGCUAAAAGUAAAGGAAAGUCAUUUAAUGACUUCGUUUACACUGGACCCGAUCUGCUACAACAACUUGCUGCUGUUUUUAUGAGAUUCCGAAGACAUCGAUUUGCUAUUUCUGGAGAUAUCAAGCAGAUGUUUCACCAAGUUGCACCGAGAAAAGAAGAUCGACCAGCCCAAACGCUUUUGUAUCGUGGAAUGGAUGGUAAUCGAGAACCUGAUUCGUAUGAAAUGUCAGUAUUGUUUUUUGGAUGGACAUACUCACCGACCUCUGCAAUCUAUGCCAAGGAUCUAAAUGCAAAGGAACAUAUAAACCAAUAUCCAGUUGUAGUUAAUUCCAUCAUUAAAGAUACAUACAUUUACGAUUUCUUGAGUGGAGCUAAAACGGAAAAACAGGCAAUACAAAUGCAGAAAAAGGUUAGAAUGAUUCAUGAGAAUGGAGGUUUUACCAUCGUCAAAUGGAGAAGCAAUUCGGUGAAAGUUACAAAUGCAAUUCCUUCAGAGCUACGAGCGGAAGGAACGAUCCAAAUUUCAUUAAAGUCAGAUUUAGGAAUUGAAAAAACACUCGGAAUUUUUUGGGAUCAAGUAAAGGACUGUUUCAUAUUUGAGCUGGAUACGAAAAGGAUACCCAAGUAUAUUCUAAAAGGACAUAGGAAUCAGACAAAAUGUCAACUAGCAAGUUUCAUAAUGAGUAUUUUCGACUCGCUAGGAUUUCUCACCCCAUUGAAAGUGAAAGGAAUCAUCGGGCAGCUAUGUUGGAAAUUCAAAGUAGACUGGGAUGAUCAAGUACCAUACGUUAUUGACAUCCGCUUCAAGGACUGGUUGGAAGAACUUCGAGUAAGUCCUGAGUUUGAAGUUCUAAGAUUCUACGAUGUGGAUUUAAGUAUGGAACUCCAACUUCACAUAUUUUGUGAUGCUAGCGAAGAAGCGUUUGCACCCGUUGCUUAUGUACGAGGUCAUGCGAGAGGGAGCUUAAGAGUUUCAAUCAUCGCAGGAAAAGGAAAAGUAGCAUGGCCAAGGAUUUCGACAUUACCAACUGCUGAUAACAGUCAACUUGAGAAACGGGCCAUAAUCAACUUCAUUCAUGAGAGGGAGCCGUUAUAUAAAAUGCCUGUUCCGGAUGUCAAGAAGAUUGAAAAUUUAAAUAAUUAUUUAAAUUUCAUUCAUUUCAUUAUUUUUCAUUCAUUUGGUUGUUAUUUGUGA